AUUCAUCCGACACCCGUUAGCUUGACGCAGCUGUGGGGUCAACAGCGAGCGGAGCUACCGUUAACCUGCUCGUAAAGUAGCACAAAAUGACGGCCGUGGAUUAAAUGUGCUCUUUUGUCGCCGCUCAAACACGGAGAUACUCUGGUGGACGAGUCGCCGUCGGGUGGGUUUUCUCCCCGGAAGCUUCUAGCGGGCUAAACUGACACACAUCGGGCCUCGUCGUCGUGGCCCAGCAGGACUCGAGUGAAGUUGGGAGCGGACUGCCAAACUUCUGCUUCCUCCAUCGGCUCUCCGCGGGGCCCGGGGCUCCUGUCACCGGCCCUGUGGAUGAGGAAGUGACCACGAACCCAAUCAGCCCCCAGGAGAAAGGAAUCCCUUUGAUGGGAGAAUCCUCUUUCCUGGCCUCCUGGGUCAAUCGCCGUGCCAUGAUGAUGGAUGAGCAGGAGGCGCUGAACUCGAUCAUGCAGGACUUGGCCGAACUGCACCGCUCCAGCCGUCCUGCCAUGUUCCUGUCGGACCUGGGCAAACCCAAAGCCUCCUCGCCCAAGAAUCAGAACGAUGUGAGAGUGAAGUUCGAGUUCAAAGGGGAGAAGAGGAUCUUGCAGUUCCCCCGACCUGUCAAGCUGGAAGACCUGAAGGCGAAAGCUAAGGUGGCUUUCGGCCAGGCGAUGGACCUUCACUACACUAACAACGAGUUGGUGAUUCCAUUGACCACUCAGGACGACCUGGACAAGGCCGUAGAGCUGCUGGAUCGCAGUGUUCACAUGAAGAGCCUGAAGAUCCUCCUGGUGCUCCAGAUGUCCUCUCAGAACUCUUCCUCCAACAUGGACCUCUUGCCGUCCCACGAGGAGCUGGACAACACGGGGUUCAGGGUGGCAGACAAGAAGAGCAUGCUGGCUUUGAUAGGUUCCCAUUCGACGGACCGCAGCUCUCCUCCUCCAGGAUAUAUUCCCGAUGCUCUCCAGCAGGUGGCGAGGAACGGCUCCUUCACCAGCAUCAACAGCGAGGGGGAGUUCAUCCCGGAGAGCAUGGACCAGAUGCUGGAUCCGUUGUCUAUGAGCAGUCCGGAGAACUCGGCAUCUGGAAGUUGUCCCUCUUUAGACAGCCCUCUGGACAGCGACUACCCCAAGUCCAGGAUGCCCAGAGCUCAGAGUUACCCAGACAACCACCAGGACUUUACAGAAUAUGACAUCCCAGUGUUCGAGAAGUCGGGGAAAGGGGGGACGUAUCCUCGCCGCUACGGCAUUCCCUUUGGCCUUCAAGAUUAUAGUGAUGGACGGAAGACUUUCCCUCGCGCUCGGCGAACGCAGGUUCACGGCUUCCGCUCGCCGGUCAGCUUCAGCCCGACCGAGCAGUCGCCCAGCACCAGCAGCGGCAGCAGCGUCUUCACCCCCGACCUGGAGGAGGCCCCGGGGCCCGCCAGGAGGCCGCGGAGGGGCAGCGACAUCGAGCCAAACCCCAACCCAACCACCGCUCCCACCCUGUCAGUCAUGGACAUCAGCCCACCCAGCCGCUCUCCUCGCGCUCCGACCAACUGGCGGCUGGGGAAGCUUCUGGGUCAGGGGGCGUUCGGUCGUGUUUUCCUGUGUUACGACGCUGACACCGGACGGGAACUGGCAGUGAAACAGGUCCAGUUCGACCCCGAGAGUCCCGAGACCAGCAAGGAGGUGAGCGCGUUAGAGUGUGAAAUCCAGCUGCUGAAGAACUUGUGCCACGAGCGGAUCGUCCAGUACUACGGCUGUCUGCGAGACUCCAUGGAGCGAACGCUGUCCAUCUUUAUGGAGUACAUGCCCGGGGGCUCCAUUAAGGACCAACUGAAGUCGUACGGAGCGCUGACGGAAAACGUGACGCGGCGCUACACCCGGCAGAUCCUGGAGGGGGUUUCCUACCUGCACAGCAACAUGAUCGUCCACAGGGACAUCAAAGGGGCCAACAUCCUCCGUGACUCCGUGGGAAACGUGAAGCUCGGAGACUUCGGGGCGAGUCGGCGGCUGCAGACCAUCUGUCUGUCGGGAACAGGCAUCAAGUCGGUGACCGGGACUCCUUAUUGGAUGAGCCCGGAGGUGAUCAGUGGAGAAGGUUAUGGCAGGAAGGCCGACAUCUGGAGCGUCGGCUGCACCGUCGUGGAGAUGCUGACACAACGACCCCCGUGGGCGGAGUUUGAGGCCAUGGCGGCCAUUUUUAAAAUUGCCACCCAGCCAACGAACCCGGUUCUGCCCGCCCACGUGUCGGACCACUGCCGAGACUUUCUCAAGCGGAUCUUUGUGGAGACGAAGCAGCGGCCGUCUGCAGAUGAGCUACUGAGGCAUAUCUUUGUACAUUAAGUUCAACCGCCUGCCGAACUGCCAAACACGGCCUUACCUGAUGUGGCGGUCCUGCCUCUGGCCCCGCCCCCUCCACCCCUACGCUGAGGCGUUCAGGCUGUUGGACGCUCCUCCUGUCUCUGUUUGUAUGAGACGGCCGUAGAGGACACGAAUUUUUAUUUUAUUUUUCUCCGCAAGUUGCACCUUAAUUUCUCGGACACGGAGGUUGUCGAGCACUUCCUCUCGGAAAGAGACUCUUUGGAAACGUCUCCUUUUUUUAUGUUUGUACGGUUUCUCUCUCGGAGUGUGUCGGUGUUGUGGACCUACAGGAAGUGAUGCCUGACUCUGGAGUGGCCCCGCCCCCCCAUCUCGCUGACCCGACCCAGAAUGUAGUCUCCUGCCAAAACCCAGAGCGACGGCGAUGACCUGGGCCCGCUGCUAUAGAUGAAACGAAACCCCAGAUGCAGAGAACACUCCCCGAAAAGUUUCCACUCGCCUGCCCUCACCCCUCGUCUUUAUCCGCUCGGUUCUUCUGAUCAAGCUCUGCUGUCGUGUCCACCCUCCCUCCUCUUCAGCCCCCCAUCUCCGUUCUUUGCUGUGUGCCUUUUCUGUUUUGAAACGCAAGUGUAGGAAUGAGUCUUGAGUUGUUUCGCCUCCCGGACAAACUGCCUUCGCACCGUUUAGCCCAAAAGCAGCUGAUCUCAGUUCAGCCGUAACGUCCGUUUUCUGCCUUUUUUCUGCAACAGGGACUCGAGACCUUGAGCCGCUCAUCCAGUUUGUUUGCCUGCUGUAGCAAAUGUCCCUCAGACCUGCCAGCGUCAGAACGAAGGAGGAUGAUCGGUUGUUCUUCUCAAAGUGUUCACUCGGUUCAACUGUCAUCUUGGCGGACUGAGUCAUAAAGUAGGUGAAUGUCACUCAGAUUCCGGCAGAACGUUUCAUUUCAACCACAUCCUGAAACACAAGUUUAACAUUUGGUCAUGAGAUUGAGGACUUGAUAACAGCAUAGCAGUAAAAGUUGCAUAUUUGCUCAUGUGAACAUUUACUGUUGAGGGUGAAAACAUGAAACAUACGAUCAGACUAAACGAUUACAGGGGGUCCUAGACUUAUGUCGAAAUUCCGUUCCUACGGCGCGAUGGAGCUCGAUUUUUACCAUAAGUCGGAACUCGCAGACCAUGACAUGUGGCAUGCAACCUGUGGAUGUAAGCAAAGCCGUCUUCCUUGUAUAGCGGUGUAUUCGUCCGCUCGCCAACUAGUUUCACACGACAAUUGUUUUAACGUCGUAAACACCGUACAACGGAAUGAUGGAACAAGAGACGGUGAUGAAACCAUGAAACGCCGUAGGUCGAGGACGUCAUAAACUGAGGACCUCCUGUAAUCUGAACAGCUGAUAGAUCGACAGCGAAAAUGUCUCCUCAAGAAGACCAAGUACUUGAAUUUUUCCGUCUCUGGACGCGACGAACCACUUCGACUUGUUCUCUGUUGUCCACUUAAUUUCAAACCAAACACGAAGAGCUGCUCGUCAUUUAGCCGGCCGCUAACGUUAGCACGUCUCCGCUUCGUGUUCUCCAUCGCGGUGCCGUGUUGUGUUUUCGGCCUGCCCACAUCCGAACGUGUUUACAGCCUCGCAGAACUCCGUUCCCGUCAACAGUCAGCACCGCGGUCGCUCUUCUUGCCAAAUCAUCCAUUUUUAACUUGUCACUUUAGCCAAACCACAGCAUCAACUCUAUGCACACACUGGACGGCAGGAUUCAGUCUUUUAAGUCUCACGUUCUCCACUUCUUCUGGUUCUUAGAGGAAUAAUUUUGAGCAGCUUUGUCGGCAAACAGCAGUCGGCCAAACUGUCCCACACUGAAGAUGUCAUCACUUAUCACACAAGCUUGAAAUACAAAAUCAUAGAAGUGUCGCUGCACAGUAAUUAAAAGUUAGAUUACAGAAGAGACCAUAUCUAUGUUGAGCAUCUUUGCAGAGCAGGUGAUGGGAAUAUUUCUGCUUUUUAAAGGUGCAAUCUGCAAAACAUUGCUCUUCUCCAGAAUCUUUCAUGGUAAAAGAACUGAAGCUGAAAUAAAUCGCUGCUAGCUUGAGCAACGCCACUUCUUCCAUUUCUAGCCAGGAUGAAAUUAAACACGUUAGGAUUGUAAUGGUACGCGAGAUUACUUUUUUGGCACUCACUGCUCGUGCUGAGACGCAUAAAUUAGCCUUAAAAUGAGCCGACUUAGGUACGACCCGUUGUUGUUGCAGUUCCCCUUGGUGGCCACUAGGUGCUGCUAAAGAGUCGACUGAUUGCACCUUUAAAGGCAGGUGGAAACUGAUUCCUUCACGUCUCUGAAGGCACUUCUUUUAAGUCUCACGUUCACCACUUGUUCUGGUUUUAGAGGAAUAAUUUUAUGGAGCUUUGUCAGCAAAACAAUCCACGGUUAUGGAAAGUCAGAUUAAAAAACAGACCAUAUCUCCGUUGAGCAUCUUUACAGACCAGGUGAUGGGAAUAUUUCUGCUUUUUAAAGGUGUAAUCUGCAAAAUUGUCCUGUUUUUUUUUUUUUUUUUGUUAGUUUUACUCUUCUCCAAAAUCUUUAAUAGUAGAAGAACGCGACGCAAUCUGAAGUUAAAAUAAAUUGCUGCUGGCUUGAGUGACGCCACUUCUUCCAUUUCUUGCUGGGAUGAAAUUAAACAGAUAUUUUAACGGUACGUAAAAUUGAGCCAAAUUUGGUACGACCCGUUGUUGUUGCAGUUCCCACCGGUGGCCACUAGGUGCUGCAAAAGAGUCGACUGAUUGCACCUUUAAAGGCAGGUGGAAACGGAUUCGUUCACGUCUCUGAAGGCACUUAAACUCUUAUUCUGUGGUAAAAACAAACAAAAAAAACGCCGGUACGUCCACACAGGUGGUGGAAUCCUCACAUUAUGCAUUUUCACACAAGAAGAAGAAGAAGAAGCGAUAAUUUGGCUGUCGUCAUGAAAGCGUUUGAUGACCGUAUUGAGUUUGAGGCGGCGUCCGGACAGCUCUCCAUCCGGACGGCGCCAGCACUGGUGACCCUCGAUACCAUUAUGCACUAUUCACUGAUGCUUCUUCACGGCUCCUCGUCGCUCGUGCAGCUCGGUUCAGCGACCUUUUCUUUGCACAUUUUAAAGACUGUUUUUUUGUUUGUUUUUUUAAAUUUCUGCUUCGUGUGUGAAAGCAGUUGUGUGUGUGUGUGUGUGUGUGUGUGUGUGUGUGUCGACGGUUCGGUUCAGCCUUUACAUGAAUGUCAUUUUUGCCGUCAGGUGGCCUCGUUCACCACAGUGGAUUAACUCUCCGGUUACCAGUAUUUGCCACCUGCAAACGCCAAGAUACACCCGUAGUUCUCUCUUUAGCGUCUAAAGCCACUGCUGCCACUCCCGUGUGUGUGCGAUUGUGAUAUUUGUAUGCGACUGUGUGAGUUUAUAAAUGUGCAUUUUACUGCAGAUUGUGCUCACUGCACCCGAAAUGCCUCGAGCGUUCCGACUGUAGGGGAUGAGAACAUUAAAAAUAACGAUUAAAUGAAUUUAACAAAAAAUAAAAUGAAUUUAAAAAAAAUCAUGUACAGAUGUAUAAAAUGAAAUUGUACCCUUUUUUUAAAAAAGAAAAGUACACUUAUAUCCCACAUGUUUGUUCUGUGUAUUGUAAAAGAAGCCAUGUUUAUAAUUCUAAUUGGUUUGUGACCAAUACGCCUGUUUAUAUCAGAUCUGUAUAUCAGUGGUACGCAUAAUUUUUUAAUAUAUAUUUUUUAUUUUACUUUUUUUUAAAUGGGAGAUUUUAUGCAUGGUUGGGUCCUGAGAGACGCAGCGGUGCCGUCGAAUGGUUGCUGUUUUUUGGCAAAAUUCUGGAGUAUUGCGACAGCUCGGUGUUCAUAAUUACGACAAUUAUGACUAUGAUGAAAACAAUAAAAGAUAUUUAUUUCA